GCGAACACAGAAGGGAAAUCACAGUGAGCAAUCGGAAAAAACAAAUUUACGAAUAGAUUCAUAGCAAAAAAAUAAGUGCAUUGAUUGCGUCGAAGAUCUAGGGAUUUGAUUUUGUGAAAAAUAGAGCGUAGUUUUCACUUAUCCACAAUGAAUUUGUGCAUUACUUAAAGAAACACAAAACUUCGUUAAAAAAAAUUCGGAGACCUAUUGAGAAAAAAUAACAACAGUAGAAAAUAUUUAUAACGAAAAAUCUGCAAACAAAGUAAACUGCGACAUAUUAAAUACCAGCUGAAAAAAGUUUGUCAAGUGAAUGUAUUUUUCAAUCGAAGUGAAUUCUAAAUCAAUAGUUGAAAAUCUCGCGAAUUAUUAGUUGUUUGAAAAAUCGAAGUUGUAAGGAGAAGGAAUAGAUUCAGUAUAUCAAAGUGCAAUCAGAAACAAUAUUUGGAACCGAAUGCAUGUCAAAUACGAUUGGAGUAAAUAUAUCUGUAAUUUGCAGGUUCUUUUCAACUACGAACGUUUUCUUUACAAUAAAACUUUCGGUUUUAAAUUGCCUACACUCAUAUUGUAAUUGAAUUAACGCUAAUUGGCUAGCCGACGUAUAAUAUUCUAAAGAAAAUUUACUAUAUAUGCACAAGUGUAUGUGCCCAUAUUGGAGGUCAUAGGUUAACGAUUCAAGAACACGGGCCAACUCGGACAGGAAAUUUGAUAUUUAAUCAGUGGCAAAAUAAACAAACUAAACAGCGACAAGCUUGAUUAGAACCAUACACAACAUAGCGGCGCACACACUCUGGCUAAAGUGUAUUGUGCGCGUAUUUGUGACUAAGGCUAACUGAUAGUGCCAGAUCCAUAGACAGACAAUUACACGAUAACGUACCAGUGUCGCUACAACAAAACAAAACGCACCAUAACAAAACCAUUGAGGGAGGUGUGCCAUCACAAACGGUGCUAUUUUUGUUCUACGUCGCACUUUUGUAUUGUCUGUGGCUUUUGAACUGAUAAGGUAGUGUGCAGCAACGCACAAGGUAGGUGCGGAGUAUAAACAAUCACUUAUCAGCGUGUAGAUAUAUAUAGCGAGUGCACACUCACCGAUAUAUGCGGCCGACUUAUAUACAGACAUUUAUGAAGACUUAACAAUAAUAAUAAUCGGUCAAAAAGCGCUGGAAGCAGCGCAAUAACACAAGCAACAACAACGUCGUGCCAGUACAAACAAAUAAGAUAAAUAGAAAUACAAAUACACAACAAAAAAAAAACAACAAAAAAGCAUAACGACCGCAAAUAGCAAAAUAAAGCGUAGCACACUAAAAGCGUGCAAAAUAAAGAGCAACGCUCCAUUGAUGUCGUUGAGUUGUUGUUGAGCCACAGAGCUGCAAGCUGGUGAACUAAAUGGUCGCGCGAAUUGAACAGAAACGCAAAAACACAAGCAAACACACACUCGUCUUGCUGAAGUGAAUGUUGUUGAAUAGUUGUGGUCGUUUUGCACCGUUCGAGUUGCUCUAAUUGUUGCAAGUGCUUUGGAGUCUGCAGUGCAUACACACACACAAUCACGGUGUUGUGGCAUUAUUGGCGGUGGAGCGGCGCAGUCUUGAGGCUGCUAUUGUGAUUUCCUUAAAAAGCAAGCGAAGUGCAGAAUACACCUUUCGUUCGACGCAGCCACCAUUAUUGGUUUUCAACUAGCAACGAAGCAAGCGCUUUCUAGUCAAAGGGACAGCAGUUAAAUACGCUCUCCGCAGUAUUUGGUGCGUGUAGCUAAACAAAAUGGUGAAGACAUUUCAAGCCUACUUGCCGUCUACGAAUCGAACGUACUCUUGCGUGCAUUGCCGUGCGCACCUGGCGUCACACGAUGAGCUUAUCUCGAAAUCGUUCCAGGGCAGUCAAGGACCUGCCUACCUCUUCAACUCGGUGGUGAAUGUGGGCUGCGGCCAAACGGAGGAGCGUGUGCUACUCACGGGACUACACGCCGUGGCCGAUAUAUUUUGCGAUUGCUGCAAAACGCCACUCGGCUGGAAGUACGAGCACGCUUACGAGAGCAGCCAAAAAUACAAAGAAGGCAAAUACAUAAUUGAGUUGGCGCACAUGAUCAAGGAGAACGGCUGGGAUUGAGCGAAGGUGUGCACAGUUAUACGUUGGAGCAGUUCGCCUAUGAUGAGACGAAGCGUAGCGAUGUCGAAGCGAAUGUAGUGCGUAUGCUGAGGACAAUGUGGAUGUUAUACAAACUAUGAUAGUGAUCAUGUGUUUGAAGAUGAGAUUGCGAUUGAGAUUGAGAUCGGUAUUGGUAUUAUAUUGCGAGGAAGAACAUUGGUGAACGUGAUAAAAGUAUAUUAGUGGCUAGAUAUGAAUGUUGUAGUGAUACAUGAACAUUGGUGACGGUUUGGUAAUGUUUAAGCUGUAUUUUGUGUGUACACUUUUGACAUUAUCGUGAAAAACAAAAAAGGCGAAUCUGUGUUAAAAACCACAAACAAGCAAAUGAGUUUAAAUUAAAGUUCUAAUGUAAUUUUAUGUUUAAAAUUACCAACGCCUUCUAUUAACACCAUUACGGAUCAUUACACAAGCACUCAUUACGGAUGGUCGCAUACAUACAUACAUAUAUUCGUAUUUACAACUAUCACUAUCACAGCUGCUGGCAGACACCCAAAUAUUUCCGCUGGCAAUACUUGAUCACAACACCGUUUAUUUUCAAAAACUUUUCAUUGAACAACACUUACAAAGAAACGUAACAAAAUCAAAAGCAAACAACCGAUUUUAAACAACUACAAGACAAGCCUUACAGAAACACGAUUUUAAAAACCAAAUGCAAGUCUUGGUGGUUGCAUUUCCAGAACUAUAGUGUGAUAGCAAAAGCAUAUACUAAAACUUUUGGAAUCAUGAGCAACAAAAUUCACAUUGGAUAAAUGUUGAAAUGAAAGCACACACGAACGCAUGCAGUUGAGUGAGAAAGCGUAGAGCGCAGAUGAGGUCGCUAAGCUAAUGGGAAGGGACGCGUGUAGGAUGCGCGCCUAUUGUGAAGUUGAUAAUUUUGAACUGUCUUUGCUGUCACUGCCACUGCUGAUACCUUAAAUCUUCUAACAACAAUUCUAUGAACUUACACUUGCUGUAACAGUGACUUCUGCGAACAAUAUUAUUAUUGACACCGCGUUUUUAAUGAAAAACAAAAAAAAAACACUUGCUAAACAAAAAUCAGUUUAUAACCACUUGCUAAUGGAUAGUUUAUGCUACCACUUGCUAAACAAAAAUCAGCUUAUAACCACUUGCUAAUGGAUAGUUUAUGCUACCUCCUCAAUGAUUAAAAGUCGUAAAUACACACACACACACACAGUUUCCGAGGUCAGCACACCAAAAUCGAAUAAUGAAGUAAAAUAUUUCUUAAGCUUAGAGAAAUCAGCCGCUUCUAUGUUCUGUAAUAGUUUAGUAUAAAUUAUUGAUAAAUACCUUUAUUUUACUGUUAUAAUUAAAAAGGAAGGUACACUAUUUAAACUUUUAUGUGUGUCUAUGUGUAAUGAAUGUAAGCUUAUUUUUAUGUGAACCCUUGACAGAGACGAUGUAUUAUUUUAAGUUUUAUGUGCAUUUUGAUUAACUCAACAACAACAAACAAAUUAAAUAUAUAUACAUAUAACUGAUAUUAUGUGUUAAGUAAUAUACAUACAUACAUAUAUGAUAUCAAUACAAAACCUGUGCGUAUUUUAUUUUAGUAGUGCCAGCAGUUAUCAUACCAUACAUAUAACAAUAACAAUUACAAACAAUAAUUUCUUGUGCUAGCAGGCGAAAACGAAGUGAAUAAAAGUGUCCCCAUGCAAGGACAUUUGUUGUAAUUAACUACUGAAAUAUAUAAUUUAAAUGAUUUUUGCUAAAAUGCAACCAACA